AUUUUCUCAAGACUAUCUAACAUUUAUGUGUUUCCAUGUCUAUUUAUUUGAAGCUAGCUAUAGUUCAUUUGAAUGGUAAAGUGACAAGAAAAGAAGAGGGAACUACGAAAAUGGAAAAUUUUUUGUUUAUCGCUUUCUUAUUUUUGGCAGUGGCAGUGUUGCGUUCCACUCAUGGGAUUGAUCAAAGUCCAAAAGGAGUGGAGAAAUGGUUCAUGGAGCUUCCCCAGGAAAAAGUAAAAUUGACCAAACUUCACUUCUACUUUCAUGAUACUGUGACCGCAAAGAAUCCAUCAGCAAUUCAAAUUGCCCAAGCCAAUAUUACAUUUCAAUCACCAACACUUUUUGGCUUAUUGCGGAUGAUGGACAAUCCAAUGACGAUUAAGCCAGAUCCCAACUCUAAAAUAAUAGGCCGAGCCCAAGGGAUCUAUGGCUCGGCCUCGUUCGAAGAUAUAGGCCUUCUUAUGACUCUCAACCUUGUAUUCACUAAGGGUAAGUAUAAUGGUAGCACACUAAGUAUCCUUGGGUACAACCAGAUUUUUCACGAGUAUCGAGAAAUGCCGAUCAUUGGUGGUUCUGGAGUUUUCCGUCUGGCACAAGGCAUCGCCACCGCGAAAACUUAUUGGGCUGAUAACGCUACACAGAAUGCAAUAGUUGAAUAUCAUGUUGUGGUUUUACAUUAUUGAAGUCUUCUCGUUUGUUUUGAUUGUUCAUUCUUGUGAUGCCAAAAAUACAUGUAGAAGUGUAUGAUAAAUUAAAGAAAUAAAGUAAUGUUUGUUGCAUGUUGGGAUCAAGUGGAAAACAUAUAAAA